UGGGAGUGUGAAACACCACUGGAUAGAGAUCUACUCCUUCGUGGAAAGCCUGGCAGAGAAAUUCAUCAGCCCUCUCCUGAGGAUGUCCUUCAUUGUCUUCUCAUCACGAGGAAACACCAUCAUGAAGCUCACAGAAGACAGGGUUGAGAUCAGGAAGGGUCUGAACAUGCUGAGGAGGGAGAUCCCGGGAGGAGACACCUUCAUGCACCUCGGGUUCGAGAAGGCCAACGAGCAGAUCAUGAAAGAGAACUUUGGUACUGCAAGUGUCAUCAUCGGUCUGACAGACGGAGAACUGAACGAACAGCAGCUGUAUGCAGCACAACACGAGGCCAGUCGGGCGCGAGCCCUGGGGGCGAUCGUCUACUGUGUAGGAGUCAAGGACUUCAACGAGACGCAGCUGGCCACUAUAGCUGACACUAUAGAGCACGUGUUUCCCGUCACCGGAGGAUUCCACGCACUACGAGGCGUCAUAGACUCAAUCAUCAGGAAGUCCUGUAUCGAGAUUCUGGCAGCAGAGCCCUCCAGUGUGUGUGCCGGGGAGUCGUUCCAAGUGGUCGUCCGUGGCAACGGGUUCCUGCAUGCGCGGAACAUUGACCAGGUGCUCUGCAGCUUCAAGGUCAACGACACCCUGACCAUCAAUGAGAGGCCGGCCGGUAUUGAGGAGACCUUCCUCUUGUGUCCUGCUCCGGUCAUCGACGAAGUCGGCAAAGUUAUAUACUUACAGGUCAGCAUGAACGAGGGCUUGUCCUUCAUCACGUCGAAUGUCCACAUCACCACCACCGAGUGUUUUGAUGGCACCAUCCUGUUGAUAACUCUACUGGUGCUGUUUCUGCUGCUGGCCUUGCUGUUCAUGUGGUGGUUCUGGCCCUUAUGCUGCACUGUGGUCAUUAAAGAGCCUCCACCUCCCCCACCCCCAGAGCCGGAGUCUGAGGAUGAGGAUGGCAUGCCGAAGAAGAAAUGGCCGACAGUCGACGCCUCCUACUACGGAGGAAGAGGAGUGGGAGGCAUCAAACGCAUGGAGGUGCGUUGGGGCGGUAAGGGCUCCACAGAGGAGGGUGCUAAGUUGGAGAAGCCGAAGAACGCGGUGGUGAAGAUGCCGGAGCAGGAGUUCGAACCCUUCGAGCCCAAACCCAAGAAGAACCACCGCAGGUCACCGCAGAACCGGAAGUGGUACACGCCCAUACAGGGUAAGCUAGAUGCCAUCUGGGCGUUGUUUCGACGCGGCUACGACCAGGUGUCACUGAUGAGGCCACAACCAGGAGACCAC